CCGGGGGUCCGGGCGGGGAGGCCCCCGUGGCGGCGGUGGAAGAGCGCCAAAGCCCAGGCCUCGCCCGUGAAGGUGGAGAAGCAGCAUCAGAGCCGGGAGAAGAUCCUCACCUUGGAGUCCAUGAACCCGCAGGUGAAGGCGGUGGAGUACGCCGUCCGCGGGCCCAUCGUCCUCAAGGCCGGAGAGAUCGAGAACGAGCUCCGGAAGGGAAUCAAAAAGCCUUUCACGGAGGUUAUCAAGGCCAAUAUUGGGGAUGCACACGCAAUGGGACAGCAGCCCAUCACUUUCCUUCGCCAGGUAGUUGCACUCUGUACUUAUCCAAACCUCUUGGACAGCCCAAGUUUCCCAGAAGACUCUAAGAAGAGGGCCAGGCGGAUAUUGCAGGGUUGCGGCGGAAACAGCUUAGGUUCUUAUAGUGCCAGCCAAGGAGUGAACUGUAUCCGUGAAGACGUGGCGGCGUACAUCGAAAGGCGAGACGGAGGAGUUCCGGCCGAUCCAGAAAACAUCUACUUGACAACUGGAGCCAGCGAUGGCAUUGCUACUAUUCUAAAGAUCCUGGUUUCCGGAGGAGGGAGAUCCCGGACGGGAGUGAUGAUCCCGAUCCCCCAGUAUCCUUUGUAUUCGGCUGCUAUUUCCGAACUGGAUGCCAUCCAGGUGAACUAUUACCUGGACGAAGAGAACUGUUGGGCCCUCGAUGUGGACGAGCUGCGCCGGUCCUUGAACGAAGCCAAAGCUUAUUGCAAUCCCAAAGUCCUUUGCAUCAUUAACCCAGGGAAUCCAACAGGUCAGGUUCAGAGCAGAAAAUGCAUUGAAGACGUAAUACACUUUGCCUGGGAGGAGAAAUUGUUCCUUCUGGCCGAUGAGGUUUACCAAGACAAUGUCUACUCGGAGAGCUGCCAGUUCCACUCCUUCAAAAAGAUCCUUUACGAAAUGGGGCCAGAUUACUGCAACAACGUGGAACUUGCCUCCUUCCAUUCCACGUCCAAGGGAUACAUGGGCGAGUGUGGUUACAGAGGGGGCUACAUGGAGGUGGUGAACUUGCACCCAGAUAUAAAAGGGCAACUCGUGAAGCUUCUGUCCGUCCGCCUCUGUCCUCCGGUUUCUGGUCAAGCCGCCAUGGACAUUGUCGUGAACCCCCCAGUCCCUGCGGAGGAAUCCUAUGCACAGUUCAUUAAGGAGAAGGAGUCUGUUCUGAACAACCUUGCCAGAAAGGCCAAACUGACGGAAGACAUGUUCAACCAAGUCCCAGGGAUCCACUGCAACCCGCUCCAAGGAGCCAUGUAUGCUUUUCCCCGGAUAUUUAUUCCUUCCAAGGCUAUCGAGGCAGCCAAGGUUCAUAAAAUGGCUCCCGACAUGUUCUACUGUAUGAAACUUCUGGAAGAAACAGGCAUCUGCGUCGUUCCAGGGAGUGGAUUUGGCCAAAGAGAAGGAACGUACCACUUUAGGAUGACUAUUCUGCCUCCAGUAGAGAAGUUAAAAAUAUUGUUGGAGAAAGUGAAAGACUUCCACAUAAAGUUCCUAGAAGAAUACUCUUAAACAAAACAAAGACUUUUUUCUUUCUUUCGUUCUUUCUUUCUUUCCCAGAAACUGUGAAUCUGGAAAGUCAAACAAAAGCUGUGAUUAGGGGGGGAAAUAAUGUUGGUUUCUUGAUCCUCUUUAAUGAAACCCACAACAGAAUCACUGCAGCCCAGCUCUGAGCUUCUGAGUGCAUCCAUAGAAAAAUUGAGUAUGCUUUAAUAUUAUGGAAAGGAAUGGAAAUGAAAAAAAGGGACUUUUCAAAAAGAGUACAAUUUUGUGCCUUGAUCAGAAAUGACGGAAAUUGCAUCGCUGGCAGCCCUGAUGAGAUAAGGCGGUUUUAAUAAGAAUUUACUGGCAGCAUUACUACUAGAAAACAGUGACAUUGUGACACUCGAGUUUGCUCUUCGAUAGGAAACCAAAAUUGGAUGUGACCAAUACCAAGAGCUUAGUGUGAUUAAAAACUAUGGGCAGAAAAAAAGAAAUAAAUUAGCAAAACAUCCCCUUUCUAGCUAUUCUGUUUUUUGAAAAAAUGUAGUUAUAUUAUCUGGGGCAGUGUAUGAUUUUGUUUGUUCUUGUGUGACUUCCAUUAAUGUCUCUUAAGAGAGUUUGGGAGAUGUGGUUGUAAAGUGUGCCCCGUGGUUUGAGACAAAUACAUUAGAGUGCUAUGCUACACCGGUCAGAAACGACGGCCCAAAUCCCAUUGUGAGUCUUGAUUAGAGUAACCCCAUUGAAUCAGUUGGAUUUACAUGCGUGCCUCACUUUGCAUCAAUUAAAUUAAUAAGUAGACUUUAGUAAUUGGUUGUAUCUACAGGGUCAAGCAGUGGUUCCAAACCUUUGGGCCUCCAGAUGUUUUGGAAUUCAACCCCCAGAAAUCCCAGUCGGCUUACCAGCUGUUAGGAACUGUGGGAGUUCAAGUCCAAAACACCUGGAGGCAACCACUGUGUUAGAGUGAAUGCCGUUGGAUGCCACUUUCACUGCCGUGGCUCAAUGCUAUGGAAGCCUGGGAGUUGUAGUUUUGCAUGACUUUUAGCCUUCCAUGCCCAAGAGUGUUGGUGCCACGCCAAACUACAACUCCCAGCAUCCCAUAGCACUGCCGUGGCAGUUACCAAACACCUGGAGGCAACCACUGCGGUAGAGUGAAUGCCGUUUGACGUCACUUUAACUGCCAUGGCUCAAUGCUAUGGAAGCCUGGGAGUUGUAAUUUUACAUGACUUUUACCCUUCCAUGCCCAAGAGUGUUGGUGCCACACCAAACUACAACUCAUAGUAUCCCAUAGCACUGUUCCAUGGCAGUUAAAGUAGUGUCAAACUGCAUUCAUUGUACACUAUAGAUGCAUCAAUAGUUAACUUGUUUGCGGAUGAUAUACUAUUCUUGGCUAAUCUCUUAAUAAGCCAACUGGAUUCCAAUUUUCUGUUUCAGGAUUCAAAGAGUGGAGGAAGCUGUGACUCUCCAAAUGUUGGUGUACUCGAUCUCUCAUGAGCCCUUGAUUCUUGGAAAUGGGAGCUGUAGUCCAACAACUUAUGGAAGGUCACAGAUAUUCUUGAUGGAACCAAUGGCCAAAAUUGUGCUCCAACAUCUCAACGAACAGUGGAUGCUUUUGCCACUAAAUUAGGGUCUUUGCAUGGAAUCUACGCAAUAGAGUGAAUGACAUUAGAUGCCACUUUAACUGCCAUGGGUCAAUGCUAUGGAAGCUGGGAGUUGUAGCUUUACAUGACUUUUACCCUUUCAUGCCAAAGAGUAUUGGUGCCACACCAAAUUACAACUCCGAGCAUCCCAUAGCACUGUGCCAUGGCAGUUAAAGUAGCCUCAAACUGCAUUCCUUGUACACUAUAGAUGCACCAAUAGUUAACUUGUUUGCAGAUGAUAUACUAUUCUUGGCUAAUCUCUUAAUAAGCCAACUGGAUUCCAGUUUUCUGUUUCAGGAUUCAAAGGGUGGUGGAAGCUGUGACUCUCCAAAUGUUGGUGUACUCCAUCUCCCAUGAGCCCUUGACUCUGGGAAAUGGGAGCUGUAGUCCAACAGCUUAUGGAAGGUCACAGAAAUUCUUGAUUGAACAAAUGGCCCAGAUUGUGCUCCAACAUCUCAACAAACAGUGGAUGCUUUUGCCACUAAACUAGCAAGCAUCAGCAUUUUGCAUGGAAUCUACGCAGUAGAGUGAAUGACAUUAGAUGCCACUUUAACUGCCAUGGCUCAAUACUAUGGCAGCCUGGGAGUUUUUAGUUUUAUAUGAUUUUUAGCUUUCCAUCCCCAAGAGUAUUGGUGCUGCACCAAGCUACAACUCCCAGCAUCCCAUAACACUGUGCCAUGGCAGUUACAGUAGUGUCAAACUGCGUUCAUUGUACACUAUAGAUGCACCAAUAGUUAACUUGUUUGCAGAUGAUAUCAUACUAUUCUUGGCUAAUCUCUUAAUAAGACAACUGGAUUCCAACUCUCUGUUUUAGAAUUAGAAGGGUGGAGGAAGCUGUGACUAUAGUAUCCCAUAGCACUGUUCCAUGGCAGUUAAAAUAGUGUCAAACUGCAUUCAUUCUACAGUGUAGAUGCACCAAUAGUUAACUUGUUUGCAGAUGACAUCAUCCUAUUCUUGUCUAAUCUCUGGAUUCCAAUUUUUUGUUUCAGGAUUAGAGUGGUGUUGGAAGUUGUGACUCUCCAGAUGUUAGUGUACUCCAUCUCCCAUAAGCCCUUGACUCUGGGAAAUGGGAGCUGUAGUCCACCAACUUAUGGAAGGUCACAUAUAUUCUUGAUUAAAUAAAUGGCCAAAAUUGUUCUCCGACAACUCAAUGAACAGUGGAUGCUUUUGCCACUAAACUAGCAAGCAUCAGGGUCUUUGCUUGGAAUCUACGUAGUUUCAAAUGUUCAAAAGCAAUGCUUUUGGAUUUGGAAAGAUUAGCCGUUUACAAGAAACAUUGCAUGGGGGACACCCGACUGUAUUUACUCAGUCUUCGAGGAGGCUCUUUCCAUGUCCCCCAUCUAAGCGGUAGUGAAUGCUGUUUGAUGCCAUUUUAACUGCCAUGGCUCAGUGCUAUGGAAGCCUGGGAGUUAUAGUUUUACAUGAAUUUUAGACUUCCAUGCCCAAGAGUGUUGGUGGCACACCAAACUACAAGUCAUAGUAUCCCAUAGCACUGUUCCAUGGCAGUUAAAGUAGUGUCAAACUGCAUUCAUUGUACACUAUAGAUGCACCAAUAGUUAACUUGUUUGCAGAUGAUAUCAUACUAUUCUUAGCUAAACUCUUAAUAAGCCAACUGGAUUCCAAUUCUCUAUUUCAGGAUUUAAAGGGUGGUGGAAGCUGUGACUCUUCAAAUGUUGAUGUACUCCAUCUCCCAUGAGCCCUUGAUUCUGGGAAAUGGGAGCUGUAGUCCAACAACUUAUGGAAGGUCACAGAUAUUCUUGCUGAAAUAAAUGGCCAAAAUUGUGCUCCGACAACUCAAUGAACAGUGGAUGCUUUUGCCACUAAACUAGCAAGCAUCAGGGUCUUUGUGUGGAAUCUACGCAGCAGAGUGAAUGCUGUUGGAUGCCACUUUAACUGCCAUGGCUCAAUGCUAUGGAAGCCUGGGAGUUGUAGUUUUACAUGUCUUUUAGCCUUCCCUCCCCAAGACUGUUGGUGCCGCACCAAACUACAACUAAUAGUAUGCCAUUGCACUGUUCCAUGGCAAUUAAAAUAGUGAAGAUACACCAAUAGUUAACUUGUUUGCAGAUGAUAUCAUCCUAUUCUUAUCUAAUCUCUGGAUUCCAUUUUUGUUUGUUUCAGGAUUAGAGGGGUGGUAGAAGCUGUGACUCUCCAAAUAUUGGUGUACUUCAUCUCCCAUGAGCCCUUGACUCUAGGAAAUGGGAGCUGUAGUCCAACAACUUAUGGAAGGUCACAGAUAUUCUUGAUUGAAUAAAUUGCCAAAAUUGUGCUCUGACAUUUCAACAUCCCCGUUGCCCUAAGAACGCCCGGAUGUUUGGUGUUUUGCCAUCCUUGUGGGAGUCUUCUCUCAUGUCCCUGCGUGGGGAGCUGGAGCUGACAGAGGGAGCUCAACCUGUUCUCCCCGGAUUUGAACUGCUGUUGGUCAGCCGUCCUGCUGGCACAAAGGUUGAACCCAUUGUGCCAAGGAGGGCUCCAAACAAUUGAUAUCAAUGUUGGGCAUACCAAUAGAUUUCAGGCCUUUAUAUUUGUGUUUUUCAAUCCUACAAUCCUACAAAUAUGGGAAUGCACGACCCUGAAUGUAUAGAAGAUGUAACUUGAUGGUACUUUGUUAUUUGGCAUGAUUUCUUAAGCAUUGUGUAGCGGAAGCAGAGCAAAAUCUCAGCUAUAGUAACCUAACUUAAGCAACGCUGUAGUAACUUCCACUCUAGGAAUGUUGCAGUCGAAAGGCAGAUCUCAAAACAAAUGCACUAUUUUCCCUCAAAUCUUUAGGCUCGCUGCUUGGGAGAGGCUGCCAUUAAUGAACAUGUAGUGCUCCGAUCGUGGUAGUUACGACAUAUUUUUUAAAUAUUUUUGUAAGUGAAGAUUUUUUUCAUAGGUUCGAAAAGGGUGGGUGGGAAGGAGAGUAUUUGUAGUCUCAAUAAACCAAUGGGUUUUAUAUUUACCUUGUGUUUACGCCCAGUGUUCCUGACCAAAAAAAAGGAAAA